GAAGAGACGAAACCACAGAUCAGCUGAUUGGACGGCAAAGGAAGUCGUGCAAGCAAAGCAUUUGCUUUAGGUUAAACAUGGGUAAGGUAUACUCCCAUAUUGCAUGGAGAGUGUCAAGAAAUUUAAAUGUUGAAAACCGAGCUCAAAAAGUGCUCUCACAGGACAAGAUCAGACCGCCGCCAAAAUACAAGUCAAAUGAAGAAUAUCUGGAGAAAGUCCGACAAGAGCUUCCCGAACUUUCUGCCCAGCUUGAGAAAAAGGAUCCAGAUCUGUUGAAGCGUUUAGAGAACGUCUAUGUCACGUCCAAAGACCCGUCCCUGAUAGAUCGGACGGGACCGGAGCGGCGCGCUAACCUGCCGCUGGACCGCACGCCGCCCGAGCUGCCCACCUUCGGUUACACGGAGCCGGAGCGAGUGCCGUACGGCCGCAUCACCCUGCGCGCCGCCAUCGGCUUCCUCGCGGCGCACGCGCAGGAUCCGGCCACCCACACGGCCGCCACCAUCGCCCGACGGCUCAAGCUGGACGAGCAGGUCACAGCGGACAUCCUGAAGCACUUCAAGAUGAUGCAGAUGCACGCGCCUGACAUGGACACGGGCCAGGUGGCGCAGCUGGAGUGGACCUCGGAGGACCCGCUCUCCGAGAAGGCCCUCCAGGAGCACCUGGCCAACUCCACGCUGCCGGCGUCGCUGCCUACCGGCCCGCCAGCCAAGCCGUCGCCUCCGCCGCAUUCGCCGCCGUAGUGGCGCCCGCCCCGCCCCCGCGCGGGGUCUUAGGCCGUGACCGUGUCUUGUGUGCUUCUUCUCCCGCGCCGUAGCGGGAGAGUGUCGUCGUGCCGGGCUCUAGCGACGGCGUAGUUUUCCGCCGGCAUCGGCUGUUGUGUGCCGGCCCGUUGGCGGCGGUCGUCAGCUCGCCGCGGUUGUUUUGUGACUUAAUAAAUGGCUGGGCGCGUGCA